GGAGGAUGACGGGGGCUGGAGAAGGGCUGCGAAAGGAGGAGGAGGAGGAGGAGGAAAGGCUGGAUCUUCGGCGCUGAGCUGCUCCGGCAGCUGCUGCUCCGCGCUGGCCAUGGGAAAAUGGCUUCGGGUUGGCCGGGCGCAAUCGCAGGUGACCGGGGCGGCUCUCCAGCAGUAAUUUUGGCGGUCCUGAGAGUGCAUCACUCGAGAGCAACUCGUGAUUUUGAACGGAAAUCUGACCACGAAACCCUAUUUCAAAACGAAGACAAUGAGACAGAGGCUGCAAAAGACCCUAUCGCUGUUGAAAGAGCAAAUUUACUGAAUAUGGCAAAAUUAAGUAUCAAAGGACUCAUUGAAUCUGCUCUGAGCUUUGGCCGAACUCUUGAUUCUGACUAUCCACCUCUGCAACAGUUCUUUGUUGUCAUGGAGCACUGUCUGAAACAUGGUCUUAAAGUAAAAAAAUCUUUUCUAAGUUACCAUAAAACAAUCUGGGGCCCACUAGAACUUGUGGAGAAGUUAUACCCAGAAGCUGAGGAGAUCGCUGCUAGUGUUAGAGAUCUACCUGGUCUCAAGACUCCAUUGGGACGGGCUCGGGCCUGGUUGCGAUUGGCACUUAUGCAAAAAAAGAUGGCCGACUAUCUACGAUGUCUCAUCUUUCGGAAGGAUCUCCUCAGUGAAUUUUAUGAAUAUCAUGCAUUGAUGAUGGAAGAAGAAGCAGCAGUUAUUGUUGGGUUGCUCGUUGGGUUAAAUGUAAUAGAUGCAAACCUCUGUGUAAAAGGAGAAGACUUGGAUUCGCAAGUUGGUGUGAUUGAUUUCUCUAUGUAUUUAAAGAAUGAAGAUGCUGCUGAAAACAAAGACAGAAAUGAUCAUAUUGCUGCUAUAUUGGAUCAAAAAAAUUAUGUUGAAGAACUAAACCGGCAACUCAAUAGCACAGUCAGCAGCCUCCAUGCACGCGUUGAUUCGCUAGAGAAGUCAAACACUAAACUAAUUGAAGAGUUAGCAAUAGCCAAAAACAACAUAAUUAAACUUCAAGAAGAAAACCAUCACUUAAGAAGUGAAAAUACACUCAUCUUAAUGAAAACUCAGCAUCAUCUAGAGGUGAACAAAGUGGAUGCUGAAACAGAACUUCAGACAUACAAACACUCCAGACAGAGUCUGGAUGAAAUGUAUAAUGAAGCACAUAGACAGCUUCGAGAAGAAUCACAGUUAAGACAAGAUAUAGAAAAUGAGCUGAUGGUCCAAGUUGGCAUGAAGCAUGAGAUAGAACUUGCAAUGAAGCUGCUGGAGAAAGAUAUACAUGAAAAACAGGACACCCUUAUAAACUUGCGACAACAAUUAGAGGAGGUCAAAGCAAUAAAUGUAGAAAUGUACCAAAAGCUGCAGGUUUCUGAUGAUGCUGUGAAAGAAAAGAAUGAAAUAAUUGGUCGACUGGAGGAUAAAACCACUCAGAUUACGGCAACCAUGAAGCAAUUGGAGCAAAGAUUGCAGCAAGCAGAGAAGGCUCAAAUGGAAGCAGAGAGUGAAGACAGGAGAUUUAAACAAGACUAUAUGAGCCAAUCUGAAAGCCUGCAGAAAGAAAUCACCCUAAAGGAGAAUCAGUUGGGUCAGCUAGAAACAGAUUUGAAAAUAGAAAGAGAAUGGCGAGAAACAAUGGAGGAAGACUUUAAAAAGGAAAAAGAAAAAUCCUCUUCCCUGAAGACAGAGACUCAACAAAUUAUUACUCUUAAAAAAGAGUUCCUAAAAGUACAGGAAAAAAACAAGCAGUUGAAAAACCUAUGCCAUGACCAAGAAGAAGCUCUCCAGGAGUUGGCUGGCAAACUUAGCGAAUCGAAGCUUAAAAUAGAAGAUAUAAAAGAAGCAAACAAAACAUUGCAGACACUCAGAGAUCUGAUAUCCCUUAUUGGCUGCUCCUAAGCAACCACCAACAUCCAAUGAUGAGUUUUUGGAGGAAAGCAAGGGGAUGCAAAGCCAGUUGUUGGUGAAAAGAGAAGAUGUGGUGAUGAUGGUGAAGAUUGUGCUGUGAGAAAUAUUUUUCAUAUAUAAUCUAUUUAAAUUUUGUUUUGAGUGUUUGUGGGAAGGGAAGGUAACUGUAGUGAGUUGGCGUAGGGGGUGAAUUUAAUAUAUUGGGUGCUGGGACAAUAGGUAAUGCCAGGACCUAGUGGGGGAACCAGUUGUGGGAAACUUUACAACGGAAGAAAGGUGGGAUAUAGGUGUGACAAAUUAACAUUGAGGAGCUAAUGGAGAUUUCAGUAUGUACUUGUCUCCAGGGAGAACUUACUUGAAGAUAUUUUCUUUCAACAAGGGGUGUUGUCAUAACCUUUUUUUGUAUGUGUAUCAGAGUCAAACAGUCUUGGGGGGAAAUUGGGCUGGGGACUCAUUUAAAGUUGGUGAUAAAGAGUUUAAGGUUCUGUCUGAUAAACAUCCUGAAACACUGAAAAAGUAAAGAGAUUUGAGGUGCCGUAGAAGUGUUUGCAGGAAAGAAAUACCAGAUGGCGUUUACUAUUUACUUUAAAUAUAUUUUGAUAUGUUUAAUGUCCAGUAACUCAAAAUUUUGAACAGGCUAGACAACUAUUAGAAAUUAUAAAUGAUUCUACCUAAAGUCUGUAUUAGAAUUUUUCAGCUGCUUUUACACCCAAUAAGGACCUUUCCAAAUGGCUUACCAAUGAAAGCACUCUAAAAAUAAUAAAACAUACAACUACUUAAUAAAAUCAAUGUCUGACAUAUUGAUUAACAAAGUGUGAGUGUUCCUAACAUUAAUGAAGCUCUACCCUCUGCACUGAUGUGCUUCCAAAGUGCAGGUACUCUUCUGUUUUUGUGCAAGAGUGCAAAUACUUCAGAGCUUUCCCAUCCUCCAGAAGAGCUCUGCUAGACUGGAAACACAUUAUCCUAAGCAACAUAUUUCUGGUUUACACUUCAUUAGUCAGCAUUUCAGCCAGUGGGUUUAAUCAUGGGGGCUUAUGCAGUCUUAUACAUUUUAGGGGAUCAUAGUAUCAAAACGUUGAGGACCCCUGGCAUAGGGGACGAGACAAAACCCUGAGGGAUAAAGGUCUUUGGGUCAAAAAGCAGUCCUCCAGCAGCACUUUCUGGGACUUUUCCUGCGGAUAGGAUUGCAACCAGCAUAACACUAAACAUCCCAUCCAAGCAAUGCAACCUAGAAGGAUACUGUCUAUGUAUGAUAUCAAAAGUUGCUGUAAGGUCCAUCAGCAGCAACAGGGAUGCACUUCUCCUAUCUAGCUCCUGAUGCACACCAAUCACCAGGGGAAUCAGAGCAAUUUUGUUUUCAAAACCAAGACAGAAAUCAAAUUGACAAAUAUCAAAAUAACUAGCUUCAUCCAAUACCUAGAGAUGUUUGUCACUAUUUGCUUGAGCACUUUGUCCACAAAAUGGUAGGUUAGACACUGGUCAAUCAGCCUUUUUGAAUGGUGGAGCCCAAGAGCUUCUUCAACAACAGCCUAAUCACCAUCAGAGCAGCUAGUACUAUGUCCUCGACCAGAGAAGUAUUUACGGUCCUGUCCAGGAACUCAGCCUGUUGUUGGUUGCCUUAAUCAGAUAGAAAAGGCAAAGUUCAACAGAGGAAGUGGUUGGCUGUACACAUCAGAGCAUCUUCUUCACAUCAUUUGUCUGUGCAAGUUGAGAAGAAUCCAUAACAGGAUGAGGACAAGCCGUUCUUCUUCGUGGUCUC